CAUUGGUGUGUUUUGAACUGCCGCUGUGUUUAAAAAAAGUUUGUCAGCGUUCUAGUGGCGAACGAGCGAGAGUCGGUUAAUGAAGAGAUACCUGCGCAACAAACGACACAGAAUUAGGCAGUGAUGGAAGAUUAUGUGAAAAUAGAGAAGAUUGGAGAAGGUACCUAUGGGGUGGUGUAUAAGGGCAGACACAAGGCCACAGGGCAGGUCGUGGCUAUGAAGAAAAUCCGUUUGGAGAGUGAGGAGGAGGGGGUUCCCAGCACCGCUGUCAGAGAGGUGUCUCUGCUUCAGGAGCUGAAACAUCCCAACGUUGUACGACUCUUGGAUGUCCUGAUGCAGGAGUCUCGUCUCUACCUCAUCUUUGAGUUCCUUUCCAUGGACCUCAAGAAGUACCUAGACUCUAUCCCCUCUGGCCAGUACAUGGACCCUAUGCUCGUCAAGAGCUACCUUUACCAGAUUUUGGAGGGAAUCUACUUCUGUCACUGUCGGCGGGUCCUCCACCGGGAUCUGAAACCUCAGAACCUCCUGAUAGAUAAUAAGGGAGUGAUCAAGCUGGCAGAUUUUGGCUUGGCUCGGGCCUUCGGCGUUCCCGUCAGGGUAUACACCCACGAGGUUGUGACCCUUUGGUAUCGGGCUCCUGAAGUCCUGCUGGGUUCCCCCAGAUAUUCCACCCCUGUGGAUGUUUGGAGCACCGGAACCAUCUUUGCUGAGCUCGCUACCAAAAAGCCGCUAUUCCAUGGAGACUCCGAAAUAGACCAGCUCUUCAGGAUUUUCAGAACUCUGGGCACUCCAAACAAUGAUGUGUGGCCUGAUGUGGAAAACCUGCCUGACUAUAAAAGCACUUUUCCUAAAUGGAAGUCUGGCAACUUGUCAUCAAUGGUGAAAAACCUGGAUAACAAUGGUCUGGACCUGUUGGCGAAAAUGUUGACCUACAAUCCUCCAAAGAGGGUCUCGGCACGCGAAGCCAUGACCCAUCCUUACUUUGAUGACCUGGACAAAUCCACCCUGCCAGCAGCGAACAACAUCUAGAGCAAAUAUGGACCACCCAUAGAAACACGUUAACACCCUCUGUGAACUAUUAACCUGUAAAUACUUGUAUGUUUGUGUUGGAUUUAUUGCAAACCUAAUGUUUCAACUAUCUUUUCAAUAAAAAUGCACCUUGUGUGAUUCUCAAA